AUGCCUAUUGAUGGUCUGUCGCACGACAGUAGUUACGGUGAGACCAGCGCUUCUGCUAUAGCCGCCAAGUCUGCCAAUGGCUCUACCACCACCAGCAGCAGCACCAACAGAAGCUGUGGUUUCAGUGCCACCAGCAGUAGCAGCACCAUGAGACCACUACUGCUGCUAUUGCUGCCGCCGGCCUGUCGGCCAGCAGCACUACCACCGGCAGCAGCACCAGAAGCUGUGGUUCCAGUGACACCAUCAGCAGCUGCGCCACAAGCGGCAGCAGCACCAGAAGCUCUGGUUCCAGUGACACCAGCAGAAGCAGCCCCACCAGCGGUUGGACCAGCAGUACAGCAGCACUGCCACUACCACCGGCAGCAUCAGCAGCACCAGAAGCUGUGGUUCCAGUGA